UGCGCGACAUAAGGAGAAGGAAUAAUAAAAGUUCGAAUUCUGUGCUGUGCUGACCCCGACGUGAUCGCCGAUCGCCGUAUCCGUCAUCGGUUCUCGGUAAUAGUUGCGGUUUUCGAGUAGUUUCAACAAUUUCGCGCCACCAUGGACGAAGAACUUCACAAGGCACUCCCGGCUGGCAGCAGCCAGCACAUUGCUACCGUAGCCAUAAAACUUCCAGAUUUUCGGAAAUGCGAUCCUGAGCCAUCUGACGCGUGCCCCAGCUUGGUGGUGGCACAAAAUAACAACAACGAUUACUCAGGAUGGCGCCUACUUGGUACCAGGAAAGUAUGGAAGGCAGACUGGACCGAGUAUGAUGCCCGUAAAUCUUGCUUGCUAAACAACAACAACUACAAUAACAACAACAAUAACAACAACAACAACAAUAACAACAACUACAAUAACAAUAGCAACAACAACUACAAGAACAACAACAACAACUACAAUAACAGCAAUAACAACAACAACAACAACAACUACAAUAACAGCAAUAAUAACAACAACAAUAACAAUAACAACAAUAACAACAACAACAACAAUAACAACAAUAACAACAACAACAACAAUAACAACAAUUUUGGCAACAUCAAACUUUACAAUUAUCAAAACAACGCUAACCGUAAUUGCUACCACAACAGUGAUAUACAUCGCAGUAACUUCAACCACACUAACUAUAACAGUAACUACAACAACGAUCACAGGAAUGUUCACUUCGUCAGUCAGAAUAGAAACAACCUGCUGCCUUCUGAUCGAGAGCUUCUUGCGACACCGAAUAAUCGACCCACAAUGCAAUGCCAUCGAGGGGAAAUUUUAAACCCCUUCCCGGCGUGCGAUGUGUUCCCACGUACCGUUCCAGCGCACUUGCCUAACGGAAUGGCUGCAACUGCAUCAUGCGAGGACUUCGUGUUUUGUACGGAAUUGACGCACCGCUUGGAGGAAGCCAAUGAUCCGGCAAAAGCCGACGUUAUUUAGGACUUGACGAGUUCUCUACAACAAGAAGAGAUAUUCCACUAAGUCGCCGAUAUUCAUCAGGAUUGAUCAAUCUUAUUUUUCACGGGUAUUAGGGUGACUUAAUAAAAAUAAUUAUUAAGCAUUAGAAACAGAAAAUUGUAUUUUGUUUUCAGUAAAACUAUAUCAAAUAAAAUGUU